UCUUCGUUUCUCCAAAUAUUGUCCUAACCUAUUGACGCCUUCAUUAUUUCUUCCUUCUCAAGAGACGCCAAUGAACAGUGAAGGGCUGAAACCAGCAGAGGUGGGCAGCGAAGGUGAAUGGGACUGCUGGCGCCGGGAGACGAGGAGGUGUGAUAAUGGGGCGGAGAUCUGCCCACCCAGACCGCUUCUGCCCCCUUAAUAAGGGGAGGCAACUGCAGGGAUCCCCAACAAGACACGGUGGAGAUACACAGACAGCGUCGGACCCUCUCCUCUCCUCUCCUGAAGAGCCGCUCCGCCUGAAGCUGCGCUCCUCCGAGGCGCACGACCACCCCGGGAAUUAAACCCCCAGACCGCAGCCGCAACAUGCCCCGAUCAUUCCUCAUCAGGAAAUAUUGUUUCAGCAAGAAGCAAUGGAAGAGGCAGCUGGAGAGCCAAGCAGCUUUUGUCCCAGAAAGCUUUCCAGAGGCAGAGCUUCCAGCACAGAGCCACGGCUCUGCCCUGACCCACCGGGCCCCGGUCCUUCUCAUCAGCAGCCUGUACUCCCUGCCUGCCCCGCUCUCCCCCGUGUCGCUGUCCCCCUCGCCACGGGGUCCAAUGGACCUCAGCAGCUCCCCCUCCUGUAGCAGCGCCGAGGACGAGGAGGACGGCGGCCGCACGUCGGACCCCCCCAGCCCCGAGGCCAUCCAGUCCGCCUGCAGCGAGAGCUACUGCGGCCUCUCCGCGCUGUCCUGCCACCAGCUCCCCUCCGCCCGUGUCCUCCCACAGCAGCAGACCCCCUCCCUGCCGAGCGACGCCUCAACACGCCCCGUCUUCCACUGCAAAGACUGCCUCAAGGAGUACACCAGCCUGGGAGCCCUGAAGAUGCACAUCCGCUCACACACUCUGCCCUGUGUGUGUCCCACGUGUGGGAAGGCGUUCUCCAGGCCGUGGCUGCUCAGAGGACACAUUCGCACCCACACAGGCGAGCGUCCCUUCGCCUGUCAGCACUGCAGCCGGGCCUUCGCCGAUCGCUCCAACCUGCGCGCUCACAUGCAGACCCACUCCGAGGUGAAGAAGUACCAGUGCGGCUCCUGCUCUCGCACCUUCAGCCGCAUGUCCCUGCUGAACAAGCACAGCAGCUCUGGAUGCUGUCCGGCCUCGUAGGCAUUCCCUGGAUUACCCCGAUGACGCUGUCGAAGCUGCUCGUCGGUCCUGUUUUCAUGAUCUGAGCCAAGACGCCCAAAGGACGAUGGGGAAAUUAUUUCCAGCUGCAUAAAUGGCAAUUCCGCUUCAUAAAGAGACUUUUUAAAGUGCCUUCGUUUCGAGACGGUGGAUGUAUCAGAAGCCAUAUGAGAUUGCGUGGCGUAUUUUUUUGAUGCUUCCUGUCAACUGUUUGUAUGUGUGUGAUUUAAGGGCAGCUGGACAUGUAGUUAAUUCCCAGGAAGCUCCGUCGGUGCCGGCCGGUCCGGGACGCUCGCCAUGCCGCAGCUG